CAGGAAAGGAUCUCGAUUGACCGGUUUCCUCGUGGCUUUCCAGGUUGCACUCCAGCACGAUGUCCAGUCUAAGCCCCGCUUUCGCACGCAAUUUUGCGCGGGAGACAUGGACGCUCUAUGGUGUCGGGGUGCUGGGUGCAGUACUGAGGUUCAUUGCACGAAUACGUCGGUUGGGGGUCACCAAUCUCCAGGCGGACGAUUAUCUGAUGAUGUUCGCUGUCGUCUGGUACACGCUUCUUUGUGUUGCUCUCAACCAGGUCGCUUCAGGCGGGGGUUCCAAUUUGAUGAGCGAGGAUGAUAUCAAAGCAUUAACCCCCACCAUCAAAGCUGAUCGCAUCCGCGGAAGUAAAUGGGUUUUUGUGUCGGAGCACUGCUUCCUCCUUGCCAUCUGGGCGAUGAAGGCCUGCAUGCUGGUGAUUUAUGCUCGCAUCACGGAGGGACUGCGCCAAAGAAAAUGGGUCAAUUACCUCUCCAUCUACGUUGCCCUUGGAUUCGUGGCAACUGAACUGUCCCUGUUCCUCAUCUGUCGGCCUAUCCACAAUUACUGGGCCGUGCCGACUCCUUACGCGCAAUGUUCGACAUAUCAGUACUAUGAGAUCGUCCAAGGCGUUAUCUCCAUCUCUGCGGAUGUAUUCAUGCUUCUCAUUGGAAUCCCCCUCUUGGUCCAAGUGCGCGUCCCUUUGAAGCAAAAGUUGAUCCUCAUGCUCUUGUUCGGCAUGGGUAUCUUCGUCAUCGUCGCGGCCCUCCUGAACAAACUCUACUGCUUGGUCCCAUCGCUCAUCUCUUACGUUUACAUGAACUGGUAUUUCCGUGAAGCCACCGUCGCCAUUCUGGUCACCAACCUACCCUUGGUGUGGUCUCUCCUCCGUGAUGUGUUCCCUGCCCUCAAGAGCUGGACCGGAGGGUCCCACCGAGGAACAGACCGCUAUCGAACAGGCCCAUACGCGCCGAAGGGGUCUGCCUACCAACACUACGGGCCUCACAGUCAGUUGCGGUCCGGAGACUUCAGCAUGCGCACCUAUAACCAGAGCACUGUUGUGGCUCCCAGCAAGGCUGUGUCGGAUGUCAGCACGGAACCGGUAGAUGAGCGCGAGCCCAGUGACGACGGCUCCGAGCGAGCCCUCCGCAUUCGACAGGACGUCACAGUCACGGUGGAGCGGGAAACACGACCGCCCGAGUAUUGGGAUUCUCGAGGCGCGGGGGCAAGCCAACAGCCUUGAGUGGCUCGAUCUUCUACACUCACUUCACUUCCUUAUUUUAUCUUCGAUUCUCUAUGAGUUCUUCCCAGUCUUUCUACUACCCUCACCUUCGUUCCACUCCUUUCACACCCUCCUUGACUUCUUUUCCCUUCUGUGCUUGAUAUUGCUUACACAUAUGGCAUGAUCUGCCCGCGACGCCUGAUUGGCAACCAAUUUUUGUAUAUAUAGAAAUUGCUCGGCACCCCAUCGUUGAUCAGCAUGAUAGGUGGGUGGGGGGGUUCGUCCCGCAGCCGAGUGAUCAUGACGAGCAUUGGUCUGGGCGACCAGGUAUACCACGGAUAGACAAAAUACGAACGAAUCCUAAUGGA